AUGAACAGCCAGAAUCUUGGCCCAGCAGGAUACGAUAGAGACCACGAAAUGGACGACCGACAUCGAGCUUUACAGCAACGCGAGGAGAUGGCCCGCCGAGAUCAAGAACGAGAACGAGAGCGCGAACGUGAGCGCGACCGUGACCGAGAGUCCAACGAACGAUACCAAUCAACACCUCACCAUAGCAGCGCUGGUUCUAUCCCCAUCCACCAGCCUGUCGCGUCGCGGAUUUCCGGUGCAAUCCAUAGCCCUGGGGGACUGCUCGCCAACCAUAACGGAAACCCUCAGAUUCCCCUCGGUACCCCAUCAGCUGCUCCUUUAGUCGCCUUAGGGUUACUACAAACCGAACACAACCGACCGGUCCAGCACGGGGGGCCAAACAACGGCAACACCCAACCGCAAAUGUUUGCUCCGAUGCCUCAUGCGACUGGACCGCCAGCUUCGACGCAGGCUGCUACCAAUAGUGGUGUGGCUGCUGUCUUUGGCGGCCCUUUACCACAACAACCCCAGGAGGGUCAGCGAGGUGGCCAGCAAGGCGCGCCAUUCAACCCAGGAGCUGCAUCUGCGGCCCAUCAGCUUCCUGGGGGUAUUACCCAGGGCCAGCAACCUAUUCUUAAUACGGGUGCCGUCUGUGGAGGGGUACGUGUAAGCGUUUGCGCAGCUAGCAGCCACCCGGCAGGUUUGCGUUUGCGACCUGGUGAUGCGACAGCGCGGGCCGCUGCCAAAGCACCCGCAUCCUUUCCCUCAUUCACCUUCUGGCUCCUGCAGCUCAACUUCAUUUACCCCUCCUUCGGAACUCUCCAAAUUGCUAGAUUUAUUCGCCUGACAUGGAAGCCCACAGCCUUCUUGCAAACCUUUUGGCACAGCCAGGAAACCUCGUUGGCGUCUUCUGCCCUCACCUACCUCGACCAGGUCAAAGUCCAGUUUCACGAUCAACCGGAUGUUUAUAACCGCUUUCUUGAUAUUAUGAAGGAUUUCAAGAGUCAGGCGUACGCCACUAUCGAUACUCCAGGUGUAAUCAACCGAGUCUCGGAGCUUUUCGCCGGACACCCAAAUCUUAUUCAAGGAUUCAACACUUUCUUGCCUCCCGGUUAUCGAAUCGAGUGCGGCGGUGGCAACGACCCGAAUACAAUCCGUGUUACCACACCUAUGGGUACCACGGUUCAGUCCAUCCGCGGAAACCAAGGUGACGGCCAUGGGCCCACCGUUAACCAGCCUUUGUUUCCUGAACGCGGCGGCCAGUGGCAGCAACAGCAGCAACAGAGGCCUCAACAUAGCAUUGAGAGUCCAGAGGCUCAGUUUAGCACUCCAGUGCAAAACGGCGCGAGUCUCUUUGUUCAGGCUGCAGCUCACAAUGCUGCAUUUAAUGAGAGCAACAACCAAGGUCAGCGACGGGCUUUGCCUCAAGGCAGCGCGGCUCCUGGUGAGGGCCCUAACGCUCGUCAUGCAUUAACACCCACUCCAGGACAAGCUGGGGUGAACGGCAAUGCGGCAAACCAGGCAAACAUGGAACGUCGUGGACCGGUUGAAUUCAACCAUGCUAUCAGCUACGUGAAUAAGAUCAAGAACCGUUUCCAGGACAAACCUGAGAUUUACAAACAAUUUCUUGAGAUCCUCCAAACAUAUCAGCGCGAACAAAAGCCUAUUCAGGACGUAUACGCGCAGGUGACUACUCUUUUCAACUCUGCCCCUGACCUGCUUGAGGACUUUAAGCAGUUCCUACCAGAAUCUGCUGGUCAGGCCAAGCAGACUCCUAACCGAAUGGAAGACGGGCCCCCAACGGGUCCCAACCAGACACCUCAACCUGCUAUGAGAGAUGGCCAGAAGAUGCCUCCACUUGGCAGCUUUGCGCCCCCUGCCAGCGCAACAAAGGAUAACAAAAAGCGCCCAAGAGCUGACAAGCAGGCUGUUCAGCCUGCGACUAUCCUUGCGGAGGCGACUGCGGCUGCGCGCAUCGCACCUCCUGCAGUGAACGGUAACAAGAGACCUAAACUCAGUCAUACGAGACUAGGUGGUGACAACUUUGCAGUCGAACCGACAUUGACGCCUGUCAUGCCGGAACCAUAUCCCGCCAGGACCUCUUCGACAUCGAAUCAAGAGGAGAUCGCCUUUUUCGAGCGAGUUAAGAAGUACCUCAGCAACAGAUCUUCCAUGAAUGAGUUUUUGAAACUCUGCAAUCUCUUCAGCCAGAACAUCAUCGAUCGUAAUACGUUAUUCCACAAGGGCGCAUUGUUUAUCGGUGCAAACCCUGAUCUGAUGACUUUCUGGAAGAGCUUUGUAGGUGUUGAUACUCACGAUGUCAUUAUUGACAACCGCCCUGCGCCCCCGACAGACAAGGUGUCCCUCAGCAACUGCCGCGGGUAUGGGCCCAGUUAUCGAUUACUUCCGAAGCGAGAACGCCUUAAGCCCUGCAGUGGCCGCGACGAGCUGUGCAACUCUGUACUCAACGACGAGUGGGCCUCACAUCCUACCUGGGCGUCUGAGGAUAGUGGGUUUGUUGCUCAUAGAAAGAAUCAGUUUGAAGAGGGUCUGCAUCGCAUUGAGGAAGAGCGCCACGACUACGAUUUCAAUAUUGAAGCUAAUCUUAAGUGCAUUCAACUCUUGGAGCCUAUUGCACAACAGAUGCUGGCGAUGUCUGCUCCUGAAAGGGAUGCCUUCCAUAUGCCCGCUGCCCUGGCUGGUCAAAGCACAUCCAUCUUCAAGCGUAUAUGCAAGAAGAUCUACGGCGAACGAGGUAUUGAUGUUGUUAACGACAUGUUCACUCACCCUUUCGACGUCGUGCCUGUUUUGUUGGCUCGUAUGAAACAAAAGGACGAAGAAUGGCGAUUCUCCCAGCGUGAGUGGGAGAAGGUCUGGCAUGCUCAGACUGAGAACAUGCACCUCAAGAGUUUGGAUCACAUGGGCAUUCUUGUGAAGCAGAACGACAAGAGACAUCUGACUGCAAAGCACCUUGUCGAUGUUAUUAAGACAAAGCACGAGGAGCAACGCCGUGAACGAUCACUGAAGGGCGGAAUCCCUCGUCAUCAGUUCAGCUGGGACUUUAGCGACAAGGAUACCAUCAUUGAUCUUCUACGUCUGAUGAUGCUGUACAGUUUGCACAAUGGCCAGCACAGCAGCCAGGAGAAGGAACGCAUCCUUGAGUUCUUCGAGUCUUUCAUCCCUAUGUUCUUUGACAUACCAGAAGAGAGCAUCCAGGACAAGCUCCCAAAGAUGCAGCCAGACUCUGGCGAGGAAGAGGUUGAAGAUAACACACCUGCGGAACUUACCAAUGGCCGAAGCCGACGUAACGGCCGGAAAGGAGAUCUCCUUAGAGGGGUUCUUGAUCCUGGCCGCAAUGGCAGCAAACCUCGCGGCAACAAGGAAGACAGUGGUUCUGGAAGCAAGGAGACCACUCCUGAUGUCACCUCUGCAAAUGAAGAGGAGAUGCCCGACGCCUCUGAGGACGCUACGAACACUGAGAUUUCUAACGACCGCUGGAUGCCUAACAUUCCUAAGCCAGUCGUCGUUGGUGAUAGCGACGCUAUCUUGAGUACGGAGGGCGAACUGAAAGCUGACGGGUUCUUUACUCGGCCCUGGUACAAUUUCUUUUGCAACCAGACCUUAUUUGUCUUUUUCAGCAUCUUCCAAACUCUCUACAGACGUCUUCAAGAUCUCAAGGAGGCUAAGGAAGUAGUAGCUAAAGAGGUCGACCGCCUCAACAAACAGAAGCCUGCCCGGGACAUUGGUUUCACCGAGAACCACAUGAAGUUUUUCGACGCCAAUGACGACCCUGAUAGCUACUGGCCCAAGACUCUAGAGCUCAUUGAGGAGUAUAUCUCAGGUGACGUGGAUGAGAGCCGCUACCAGGAUGUGAUGCGACACUACUACCUCAAGACUGGAUGGAAAGUGUACACGAUUCAGGAUCUCCUAAAGACUCUCUGCCGUGUUGCUCUCACCUGCAGUAGCACAGAUGCUAAGGAGAAGACUCCUGAUCUGAUUGCUCAGUACCAGGCUAGUCGCGAGCGAGAGGAGACAAGCUUCCAGACUGAGAUCAGUGCUCGUAAGUUUGCAGAGAAGUGUGUUAAGGACGGAGAUGUCUUUGUGAUAUGCUGGCUGCCUGCCAAGUCUGAGGCGACUGUGCGAUGGCUCCAACGGGACGAGACAACAUUCUACAUGGACGAAAUGCAGCUCCGCGAGCGUUGGCAAUACUACAUCUCGUCAUUCAUCCGUGUCGAACCCACUGAGGGAGUUCAAAGAUCGAAACUCCAAAAGGUGGUGCUAUCCCGCAACUUGCCAUCGGCUGACACCGAUAACGACGAUGAUGCCAUCCCCAAGCCUGUAUCCUACAAGGAGAACCUGACAAUCAGCAUUUGCCUGAAGAGUUCUAAGAUGGUCUGGGCUCCUGGUACUUCGGAAUACGUUGUUUACGACCAGGCCCCCAAGUCGGCUGAACAACGUGAGCGUCGUGAGAAGUUCACUCGCGCUCUGAGCACACACCGAGAGAACAAGCUUCUCGAGAAGUGGGUGCACAACCCGGCUUGGACCAAAGACCUUAGUCCAGAGGAGGUUCAGGAGCAGAACAAGAACUUCCGCAACUGGAUGGAUGAUGGCAUCGUUCCGCCCAGCGCUGCUGAAGAUGUGGAGAUGGACUAG